AUGGCUGACACUCAAGGCUACUUAAACAAGGAGCUGCGUGAGCAGUCUCCAGAUAUGUCGGAAUACUCUGACAGGCAACACAUGUCGAUUGGUCGAUAUUGUGCCACACGUAUAACUACUCUCAAGCCUGCGAUGCGACCGAUUGCCAACGCCUUCAAGGUUUUAUCACUUCUCAACCUUCAGCAAUGGCUAUUCUUCCUGGUGGCAUUCUUUGCUUGGACGUGGGAUGCCUUCGACUUUUUCACAGUCUCACUUGUAGUCCCAGAUCUUGCUGCGACUUUUGGCAAGACAAAUAAAGACAUAACCUGGGGUAUAACUUUGGUAUUGAUGCUUCGUUCGGUUGGAGCGAUCACAUUCGGCCUCGCUGCCGAUCGCUAUGGUCGAAAAUGGCCUUUUGUGGUCAACAACGUCCUUUUCAUCAUCCUCGAGCUCGGUACCGGAUUCGUUUCUGACUAUAACUCCUUCCUUGGCGUUCGAGCCAUCUAUGGUAUUGCUAUGGGUGGCUUGUAUGGAAACGCAGCCGCAACUGCCCUUGAAGACUGUCCAGCAGAAGCACGUGGUAUCAUAUCCGGUAUGCUACAACAAGGUUACGCUUUUGGUUACCUGCUCGCGACAGCCUUCGCACGAGGUCUUGUCAAUACCACGCCCCACGGCUGGCGUCCUUUGUUCUGGUUCGGCGCCUGCCCACCAAUCUUGAUCAUCGCUUUUCGGUUGUGCUUGCCAGAAACCAGGACAUUCCGUGAGAGGCAAGCCCUCCGAGCAGAGUCAGGUGGGCUGGCUGGAAGCUUUGCGUCUGAGGGCAAAGUUGCAUUGAAGCGACACUGGCUUCUUCUAAUCUACAUGGUCCUGCUCAUGGCUGGUUUCAACUUCAUGUCGCAUGGUUCCCAGGACUUGUACCCGACAAUGCUCACCAAUCAAUAUCGCUUCUCUGCAAACAGAGUAACGGUCACCCAAGUCGUUGCAAACCUCGGUGCCAUGACAGGUGGUACACUAGUUGGCUACACUUCUCAAGCUGUAGGCCGCAGACUCAGUAUCAUAGUCAUUUGCAUCAUCGGCGGCGCACUUCUGUACCCUUACACUUUUACCAGCUCGAACGCCGUCAUCGCGGCUGCCUUUUUCGAACAGUUCUGUGUCCAAGGCGCCUGGGGUGUCAUUCCAGUCCACCUUAUGGAACUGGCACCUGGCUCACUAAGAACCUUUGUGGUCGGUACAAGCUACCAGCUGGGCAACCUGGUGUCCUCCGCAUCAAGCACCAUCGAGGCCACGAUCGGCGAGCAAUACCCUCUACCACCGCUUGUGAACGCCAAGACUGGUAAGAGGACCCCGAGAUACGAGUAUGGUAUUGUGAUGUGCAUCUUCCUUGGAUGUGUCUUUGCCUAUGUCAUUAUUCUCACAUUCAUUGGACCCGAGAGAUUGGGCAGAAAUCUGGAUGUCAGCCAUGACUCUGAUGUGGCGGAGACCACGCAUCGCGACCUUAGGCACGAGCAGCACGUUGGGCAUGGCGACAGCAUCGACGAGGAGAAACGGGCCGCUGCAAAGGGUGUUGAGAAUGUACCUUGA